AUGGGCAACGGUCAGGAGAUGGCCCAGAGAACGACAGGGAACAAAGAGGUCAGCUUCCUCCAGGAUGCCCCCGGCUCUAAAGAAUUUUCUUGCGUUUUUAAAGUCGUCCUUCUGGGUAGCAGCUCUGUAGGGAAGACAAGCCUAGCUUACCGCUAUGUGAAAAAGGACUUCCAGGAUUCUCUGCCUACCGUGGGCUGUUCCUUCUUCAACCAGUGUGUCACUUUAGACGCCACCACGGUCAAGUUGGAGAUCUGGGACACGGCCGGCCAAGAGAAGUACCACAGCGUCUGCCAUCUCUAUUACCGAGGAGCAAACGCAGCUCUUCUGGUCUACGACAUCACCAGGAAGGAAAGUUUCGAGAAAGCAAAGGUGUGGCUGAGUGAACUGGAGAAGGAAUUCCUUCAGAAUGAAAUAGUUAUCAUCUUGGUUGGCAAUAAGCUAGAUCUUUCAGAAGAACGGGAAGUCACCAUAGAGGAGGCAAAAGAAUUCGCAAAAACAAACUGCAUAUUAUACACGGAAACCUCAGCAAAGUCUGAUUACCAAGUGACAGAGCUCUUCGUGACACUAGCUCAUGAGCUGUUAGAACUGGAGCAGCAGAAAGAGAAGCUGCGUCACACGACACAUUGGAAAAAAUCACGGGUGGAUUUGCAAGAGACGGCUUCCCGCCGAAUGAAAUGCUGCCAGAAAUAA